AUGCGGGAGGACUGCAGUCUGAAGGACCAUUUGGGUGUGACCCUGCCGACCACCACCCACAUGCGUGAGUUGAGCAGGGAGCAGGCGGUGCAGGCGACAGGGAUGCUGCAUCUGCGGUUUGUUGUCAUGGAGCGGCUGAGCCAUCUGCCCAUCCCGGACGAUGCACCUGAGAAGAAGACGGCCAUGGAGUUUCAGAAGUCUCUGCAGAGUUGUCUGAAUCCGAAGGAGUGGGCUAAGCGGGGUGGCUUGGCAUCUGUCGCGACCUUCAGCGAGCAGCCGUAUUGCAGUCUGAGUAAAAGGAUUGCAGGCAUGCUCAAGGGCGAUGACGACGAGCUCUUCACCUCUGCUGUCGCUUCCGGGCAGAAGGAGGAGUACGGACCACUGGUGGAGCUGGUCAAGAAGUACGAAGACGAGUGGAAGAUGAAGAUGAGUCCCGCUGAGCCGGUGUUGUUCAUUUUCGACUCCUCGCUGGUGGCUGAGAACGGAGGCUACAGCCGCGUGCACAACGUGUACCAGCGACCGGCUGUAUUCGAGCGUGGCCUCUACGAGAACUGCUUCCAC